AUGCUGAAGAACAUCUUGAGUCAGUCAUGGAGGAGGGGAGCGCAUGUCCUACGGGAAGGGCAUCCAGCUGAAGCAAUGUAUGCUUGUUCAAGUCAAUUUCACAGCGGGCAGGUGUUGAGGUCGGCGAGGAGCUUCUUUGGCGUGGAGGACUUCAUGGACGAGGACAACAGCAAGCCCUACACGUACAAGAAGGAGAAGCGGUCCAAGAACCCGCACAAGCACAUCUCGUUCAAGCAGCGGACGAUCGCGCACAUGGAGCCCUUCACCCUGGACGUGUUCAUCUCGAAGCGGUUCGUGUCGGCGUCGCUGACCCACCGGUCGACGUGCCGGCAGGUGGCGGUGGCGGGCACCAACUCCAAGGACGUGAAGGCGGCGCUGACGUCGCGGUCGGACGUGCCGGCGUGCCUGUCGGUGGGGCGGUUCCUGGCGGAGCGGGCCAAGGAGGCGGACGUGUACGCGUGCACCUACACGCCCCGGGAGCGGGACCGGUUCGAGGGCAAGAUCAGGGCCGUCGUGCAGUCGCUCAUCGACAACGGCAUCCACGUCAAGCUCUACCUCGACUGA